AUGCAGAGCACUGGGUACGGUAUGGAAAACUGCGUAGAAGGUGGGGAGAAGGGCGCCGGGCAGCCGCCCUGCGCCCUUGGCCCCGCAGAGGAGUACCAGUGCUCCGGGGUCCUGGAGGUAGACUUCGCCGAGCUCUGCACGCGGUCGGGGUACUCGGACUUCCCCAAAGUUGUUCUCCGGCCCCGCCCCCACCCGACCUUCGUCCCUUCAGCCUCCAUGUCGGAAAAGCCCACCACCCUCGGUUGGAAGGUGGAGGACCGCAUUCUGGGCAUCUUCUCGAAAUGCCUGCCGGCCCUCAGCCAGCUGCAGGCCGUCAACUUUUGGAAGGUGGGGCUGACUGAUAAGACCCUGACCACCUUCAUCGCCCUCCUGCCUCUCUGCUCACCCACACUCAGGAAGGUGUCUCUGGAGGGGAACCCACUGCCAGAGCAGUCGUAUCACAAGCUCAUGGGAUUGGACAGCAUGAUUGCCCAUCUGUCUCUGCGGAACAACAACAUCGACGACCACGGCGCGCAGUUGCUGGGCCAGGCCCUGUCCACGCUGCACAGCUGCAACAAGAAUCUUGUCUCCCUCAACCUGGGCUUCAACCACAUCGGGGACGAGGGCGCGGGCUACAUCGCCCAGGGGCUCCGACUGAACCGCUCCCUGCUCUGGCUGUCGCUGGCGCACAACCGCAUCCAGGACCAGGGAGCCCUGAAGCUGGCCGAGGUGCUGCGCCCUUUCGAGCUGACCCACAUCGAGGUGGUGGAGCGCCGGCGCCUCCUGCUGGAGAAGGGGACGCAGGAGCGAAUACGAUCGCCUACCUCCUCUCGACAUAUGGACUACAAAUCCGACCGGGAUAAGAAUCAAGCCGUCGGGGCCAGCAACCUUGCACUGUCUGACAAGACAGACAAGAUGUCGGCCUCGAAAACCCUCAAGAGCCAGGGGGCAAAGAAGAAGGAGAAGUCGGGGGAAGUGGUCAAGAAAGAGGAGAAGUCCGGGUCUGGGCAGUCCCCCACACAAGGAACCCCUAAGAAAGAAGACGCCUCAAAGGCAGGCAAAGGGAAGGGGCCGGCCCCUGAGCAGAAGCCAGUGAAGGGAAAGGGGAUCAAGCCCGGGAGCAAAGAGAAGCGGAGCAUCCUCCUGGAGUCAGAGCUGGUUGCUGAAACCACGGAGAUGGUCAACCCUCUCCUGGAGCCCGUGGUACACCGAGAUGGAAAAGUGUUCAUGCCGGGAAACAGGGUUCUUCUGCAUCUCAACCUUCUCCGUAACCGCAUCACGGAGGUGGGGCUCGAGGGCUUCCUGGCCACAGUGCAGUACCAGGCGCAGGUCUCCAAGUCCAAAGUGGCGUCCAAAGGCCCUGUGGGGCUGCUUUGGCUGUCCCUGGCGAAAAAUUACUUUCCCCCACAAUGCGCUGUGCACUCCACGAUCCAGGAGCUGAUGCUGCCCCGGGACCCUGUGAACAAGGCCAGGCCCCGGGAGGAGGAGGCCGUGGCCUUCUCAGUCUAG